GCCUCGGCUUCUUGCAUUCUCCUAAUUUCGAUUAUAUCUUGGUUGAGAAGAUAUGGGAAAGGACAAACAUAAUCAUGAUGAGAAAGGUCUUUUUUCACACCAUGGUCAUGGUCAUGGUCAUGGACAUGGAGCAUAUCCUCCUGGCGCAUACCCUCCCCCUCCUGGAGGAUAUGCCCCUCCUCCUCAAGGUUAUCCACCUCAUGGAUAUGGACAUACACCACCACAAGGCUACCCUCCAGCAGGUUACCCUCCUGGUGCAUACCCUCCUGCUGGUUACCCUGGCGCCUCUCAUUCAGGGCACGGAACGCAUGGUAGUGGCAUUGGUGCGAUGAUCGCUGGGGGUGCUGCCGCUGCUGCAGCUGCUUAUGGGGCACACCGCAUGGGGCAUGGUCACCACAUGGGUGGUGCCUUUGCACACCAUGGGAAGUUUAAGCAUGGGGGAAAAUUCAAGCACGGAAAAUUUAAGCAUGGAAAGCAUGGAGGAAAAUUCAAGAAGUGGAAGUGAUGCGCCUGUUUCGUGUGUCAACAGACUGGUUCAUACGACUUGAGAAUGUCAUAUUAACUUUCAAUAAUCCAGAUGUUCAAAGCUGGCUGCUAGACAAUUUACUUUGACGUUGUUUCCUUGGAUUAUUUUUGGCUCCAACAUGGCAUAUUUAGACCAUGCCUUUGGGUCAUUUGUUUUGUUCAUUAAUGUUUAUUUAUUUAUUAUAUGAAAACCCCCUUCAAGUAGAAAUCUUAUAAACUUUUUCAUUUUGUUCCCAAAUUCAAGCAUAUAAAUAGACUCUUUAUAAUGUCUAUGGCAAUAAUGGCAUAGCUCCAAAUGUAAACAAAGGCAUAAUAAUCCGAGUGAAAGAAAAUAUAACCUUUACU